AGUCAUCUUCCCCACCAUGUCAGACUAUGAAAAUGAUGAGGAGUGUUGGAACAUGCUCGAGAGUUUCCGGGUGAAGCUCAUCUCCAUCAUUGACCCUUCGAGGAUCACACCUUACCUCCGACAGUGUAAGGUUAUUAACCUGGAUGAUGAGGAACAAGUUCUCAAUGAUCCUAACCUGGUCAUUCGGAAAAGGAAAGUAGGUGUUCUUUUGGACAUCCUCCAAAGGACUGGCCACAAGGGUUAUGUGGCCUUCCUGGAGAGUCUGGAACUUUACUACCCGCAGCUGUAUAAGAAGGUCACUGGGAAAGAGCCCACCAGGGUCUUCUCCAUGAUAAUAGAUGCUUCUGGGGAGUCAGGCCUGACACAGCUGCUCAUGAAUGAAGUCAUGAAGCUGCAGAAGAAGGUGCAAGACCUGAAUGUGAUGCUGAGUGCCAAGGACGACUUCAUCAAGGAAAUGCGGGUGAAGGACAGCAUGCUGCGCAAGCACCAGGAGCGGGUACAGAAGAUGAAGGAUGAAUGUGAGGCCUUUAGCCACGAACUCAAGAGGUGCAAGGAUGAGAACUACGACUUGGCCAUGCUCUAUGCCAGGCAGAGUGAGGAGAAAAACAUGGCGCUCAUGAGGAACCGCGACCUUCAGCUCGAGAUAGAUCGACUGAGACACAACCUGAUGAAGGCUGAGGAUGACUGCAAGGUAGAGAGGAAGCACACAAUGAAACUCAGACAUGCCAUGGAGCAGAGGCCAAGUCAGGAGGUUAUGUGGGAGAUCCAGCAGGAGAAGAAUCUUCUUCAAGCUAAGAUCCAAGAACUGGAGAACUCCCUGAGGGAAGGAAGGCGGGACAAGAAUAAUGCUUACAUUCAGGUUCUGGAGGAAGACUGGAGGCAGGCUUUGAAGGAUCACCAGGAAAAGGAAAACACAAUUUUCUACCUACGAAAGGAGCUACGGCAAGCCGAGGCCCUUCGAAACAAGAGUAUAGAAGAGAAGGAGAUGUUUGAGCUGCAGGGCAUGGCCCUGCGCAAGGAUUCGAAGAUGUACAAAGAACGCAUUGAAGCUAUCUUGCAGCAGAUGGAGGAAGUAGCUAUAGAAAGGGACCAGGCUAUCAUGACAAGGGAGGAAUUCCACCUGCAGUAUUCGAAUAGUCUGAAGGAGAAGGAUGAGCUCCGGAAGCAGAUCCGGGAGUUGGGCGAAAAGUAUGAUGAGCUGCAGUUACAGCUGUUUAAGAAAGAAGGGCAGUUGCUCUCUAUGGAGAGCAAGCUAAAGCGGCUACAGUCGGAGACACCUAUUCUGAGUUCAGAUUUGGAUGACAGCUCCCCCAGGAAUUCUCAGGAGUUAACUCUUCCCAGGGACCUGGAAGAGGAUGCGCAGCUUUCCGACAAAAAUCAUUCAGCUAAGGAGAGCCUCCUAGAACAGCCCUUUGCCACCACAAAGGAGAAGCUUUUUCUGGCCCAAAAUGGAGGUGGGUUGAGCAAUGGGGAUCCCCAAGAGAAGGAGCGGCGCCGUAUCAAAGAAAGCUUUGAGAACUAUCGUAGGAAAUGGGCACAAAGAAAGGUUCACCAGAGCAGCCGGCAGGGAGAAGUGGACUGGGAAAACACCACAGGAAGUGACAACACAGAUACAGAGGGCUCAUAGCCCUCCUUGCCUACUGAACCCAAGGCCCUAAACCGCCCCCCGCCCCCAACAGUUCCUUAAACCUCUUUGAGAGGCCCUGUACUUACCUACAGCCAAUUUCCCAUCAUUCAGAUGGAUAGAAUGGAAAAGAGAUGUAAAUGACCAAAAACAUCAUCUAAGCCUCAAAACCAUCUCUGCUUGGCUUGAGUUCAGAAGGAAAGUCAUGUAUUUUGGAUUGCUGAAGCCAAGGCUUUCUGUUAUGAACUGAGAUCGACUUAGAUUGGUAUUAAAAUGGAUUUGGGGCCACAAGGAAGGAGGACUAUGAAGAAUUCUGGAAAACACAAGAAGACUUACUUAUAUAAGUGGUACAGGAUAAAGGAGACAGAAGCAAAGAACAAUCACUAAAACAAUGUGAAUGAAGACAACAUUAAACAGCCGCAAAACUCAGGUCAAAUUCAAUGGAAAACAAUGGUGCCAAAUUAUUAAAUUUGAAGGAUACGACCAUCCUCUAGGUUAACAAAUAUAAAACUGCAAAAAGUAGAAAGGGAUCUGUAUUAUCAGUUAUACUCAACCAUUGAAGCCAUUGUGCUCAGUUGUCUGGGGCUAAUAUAAAUGAGAAGUUUGUUUGUUGGGAUGUCUCCUGUGUCAAAAUAAAAAAAAAUAUAUUUUUUUAAAAGAAGGAAAUGGAUUUCUGUUCAAAAAGCAAUGAUCAGGACCUGGCAGCUUCAACAUUAAAGGACUGCAAGGCUUGGAAUACGAUAUUCCGGAAGGCAAAGGAGCUUGGAUUGCAGCCAAGAAUCUAUUACCCAGCAAAAAUGUGCAUUUUCUU